AUGGGAGGUGCAGUUGGUCCGAAGGUGUCCAAUGAGUCCAAUUCGUGUCCGGAAUGUCCGUUGACACCUCCUCCUCCUCCCCCUCCUCCUCCUCCUCCUCAUCAUCAUCCUUUUCCUACUCCUCCUCUUCCUACUUCCCUCCUCCUACUUACCAUCCUCCUCCUCCUCUCCUUCUCUUUCUCCGGCUCCGGCUUCUCCCCCUGCCCCACUGCACCAACCACGGCCUCCCUGGUGGCCGUCACUCACACUAACAUCACACACAUCCAUGACACAACAACAGACACCAUCCCUUCAACCUCCCACUCCAGCGAUGAGGACCAGGACUACACCUGCCCUAACUGCGACCGCAUCAUCACUUCACACAUAGGCCUGGUCAGUCACUUGCGGAUCCAUCGCACGGAGACUGGCGAACCAAUGUCUGGAGCACCAACCUAUACCCACCAAGCUCGCCUCCACUGCCCACACUGCCCUCGCACUUCCACGCAUCGCAUGGGCCUAUUCGACCACAUUCACAUACCCGACGACCUGCGGUAG